AUGAAGAGUUUUGCUAUUCUUUUCCUGUUAGUGGUCUGUGGCAUGGGAGGAUUGGGACAGAAGCUGAAGCCAAAGAAAAGAAGCAAUGGUGAAGAAAUCAGUUUUCGGACUAAAACUAAAGAUGUUUGCACAAUGAGCGUUAGUGGGGAUGAGGAGAUGAAACUCAGAAUUGAAUGCAAAAGCCAAGGGAUGUCCUACUGGUGUGAGUUCACUGGCAAGCCAUCAGUCUGUCGUGCUUUCAGAAACAAUCCGAAGAUUUAUUGGAAUCAGAUCGCCGGGGAACUUAGAAAGAUCCCGCAUGCUUGCGAAUCCACAGAGGUGUUGAAAACCACCAUGUGCCAAAAGGCUUCCACAGAGGCUCUCAUGAGGCAAAUAGCUGCUGGUAUGGAGCCAGAAGAUCUGGAAAACCAGGACAAAAUGGUCCAGAAAACUUCCACUUCUAUGAGGGGAGCAGGGAGAAGCUCUGUUAAGAAAAUAGGGAAACCUCCAAUACUACCUCUUAUAAAACCAACCCAACAUGGUGAAGGUUCUGAAAAUGAAACUGAAGCAAUGAAACUAGCACGGGAACAUUGCUGGGAAUCCCUGCACGGUUUCUGCUCCUACAUUAUUGGCAUCUUUAGAGGUUGA